AUGAGUUAUGCAGGCCUAUUUUUUGGAAAUUUUGACGAGGAGGGACAACUCGAGGGUGCUGGUUUCGAUGAAGAAGUUCGAGAAAGUUUGCAGAGGGUCGCAGGGGAAACCGAUGUUUUGAACGAAAUUUUUUCGGUUCGUUCAUUGGGUAUUGACGAUAAAGAAGAGGAGGAUGCAAUAAAAAGUGAAGUAUCAACCCAAACUCCAGUACAAACACCUGGUGACUCAAGUAUUAAGCCUGAGGAGGAUGCAAUUGAUUAUUCAGAUUUCAAUGAACUAGCUGAUGAAACCAUGUUUUCAGAAAAGUACUAUCAACAAGGGGUUAAUAGUGUUAUAAACAUCAAAAGAUCAUUAUCUUUUCCGCCAUUACAACUACACACUACUGCUCCUCUACAGAAUUUACCUAUUAUGGAUAACGAAUCUCAAAAAGUUGUAAAACAAAGCACUGAAGAAACAAAAUCGGAAAUAAAUAUAAAGACGUUAUAUCCUGCUUUCGAAAAAGAUAGAAUCUUGAAGUUUUCAGAAUUAUUUGCAACUAAGCUCACACAGCGUAAAUUACAUCAAUUGAAUAUACAUGCCGAACCACAAUCAGAGUUCAAAUUUGCAAAAGAUGAACGAGAACUAUUUGAAUCAUCAAAACAAUUUGAUGCUUCAGCUGAAGAGAAAUUUGAGGAGUCAGAAGAUAUUAUUGAGCUCGUUUCAUCUUCACCAAUGACUCAAAUUUCUGGUGGUAGCAUGUAUGGAAGUGAUUUUGAAGCGGAAGUUCAUAAUGAUAAACUCUUUGAAACAGAAAAGUUAUCUUGGAAAAUUCCAGAAAAAAAUAAUGCAUAUUAUUCUAUUGUUAUGGACACUUGGGAAGAUAAGAUUUUGUGGGAUAGCGAUGAUGAAGACCAUGCGAGCCUUGACAUGGAUUAUAUAUCUGAGUCAGAGGAAUCUAAUGCUAUAAUGGCUUAUCGAAAUACUGAAUUGGAAAGUGGGGAGUGGAUUAAUCAUAUUUUAUGGGAUGAUUAUAAUGGACCUAUCCCUUUUGCUAAAUUAACAUUGGACAUGAAUGAUCCAAAUUUGCUUUUUGAUUAUUCUGCCCUCGAACCACCAAAACCAAUGGUUUUUGAUUUAUCAGGCAGAAAGAUAAUUAAAUAUAAUCCACCAAAGAAGCCUUUCGGAUUGCCCUAUAAACCUGAAAGACGAGUAUUUCAAAGACGACUUAAUUUUGGGCGAAUGUACAUUCAACAUUCCUUACCUGCCCUUCAAUUACAUUCACAAUAUUUCAAAACAAAGUUCACUAAAUCGGAUAUUCGGGCAUUACAUCGUCCAUCAAUUCAAUUUCCACUUGAACAAGAAAUUCAUUUUAAUAAAAUGAAAAAAAUCAAAAAGAAAAAAUUGAGAAAUCGUGAGGCUAUGAAAAAACCAAAAGAUUUAACACUCAAAGAUAAAUCCGAUUACGUUUUAUUUGAGUAUUCGGAGGAAUAUCCACCAAUAUUAUCGAACAUCGGAAUGGGUACUUUAUUACUUAAUUUUUAUAGGAAAAAAGAUCCAAAAGAUUCAUUUUUGCCUAAGCUUGAUAUAGGUGGUCCAGUUGUACUUGAUGUGAUUGAUGAAUCACCAUUCAUGAAUUUUGGUAACGUGGAAAGAGGACAAAUCAUAUCUGCAUUAUAUAAUAAUUUAAUUAGAGCGCCGUUAUUUAGGCACGAUGUCAAUGAUACAGAUUUUUUAAUUAUCAGAAACACGAAUAAGGGUAGAUCAAAAUAUUUUAUACGUGAGUUAAAGAACCUUUUUGUAGUUGGUCAAACAUUUCCAAUGCAAGAGGUUCCUUCACCACCAUCUAGAAAAGCAAAAACCAUAGCAAAUACUCGUAUUCAGGUUGCUGCCUUUAGAUAUAUGAAAAAGAAUAGAUAUAAUCUUUUAGUUCAGGAUAAACUUACUAAGAAAUUUCCGGAUUAUUCGCUUCAGACGCUUCGUGGACGUUUGAAGGAAUUUGCCGAAAUGGCUCGUAAGAAAGGAAAUUUCAACAAUAGUCCCAUUUGGAAAUUAAAACCUUCAGUCCGUCUUCCUACCGAAGAUGAACUUAGAAGGAUGUUGACUCCAGAGAUGAUUUGUUUAGAAGAAAGUAUGAUGGUGGGAGAAAGACAUUUGCAAGAUGCUGGGUAUAAAUCAAUGUGGACUGACGAAGACGACAAAAGCAAAGCGGCUAAGAAAGAUGAUGAUGACAGUGUACAAGAUGACAAUAAAUUAGCUAUUGAGGAAUCUAAACUUGCUAUUGAACAACAAUUAGCCCCAUGGAUAACCACGAGAAAUUUUCUUAACGCUACCCAGACAAAUGCCAUGUUAAAAUUACAUGGCGAAGGUGAUCCUACAGGACGAGGCGAGGGUUUUAGUUUUAUUCGAAUUUCAAUGAAAGAUAUCUUUCUUAAAGCAGGCGAAUCUGCCCAAGAUAAGCUUGCUGAAAUAGAGAGUAAACCAAAAAGUGGACACAAGUAUAAUGUAGUUGAACAAUGGAAAAGAUACAAUCAAGAGAUUUACCGUAUCUGGAAUGCUCAAUAUGCAUCUCUUAGCAAACAUCGAGAUCCUAAUAUGGAUUCUGUAAAACAAGAAGUUAGCCUUGAUGAUGCAGGAACUUAUUCAAAUAAUCAAUUCAUGAAAGAAGAUGAUAAUCAGAUUGAUAGUGAUGUUGACUACCAGAACAUGAUUGAUUCUGCAAUGCCUGAUCGGGACGAAUCAAUUUCUCCACUUCCUAAUACACCUGCAGAAUAUGAUGAUGUGACGUCUAUUGAUGGAAGUAUAAGUUCUAGAGCGAAUUAUGAUUUUGGAUCCCAUCGUAAUAGGGCGCUUGUUAUCAACAGACUUGUGAGAUCAUCAACAGGAGAAGCAAUAUGGACAAAGACACACGUUACAGAUCCGGCUGUGAUCAAUGCAUAUAUUAAUCAAAGACAAAUUAUUGAAGAGCAGACUACGGCCGCUGAGUUAUUAGAACCUACGAAUGAUGAAGAAAGGAAUAAAAGAUUGAGAAAAAGAAUUCAAGAUCAAUUGGCCAAACUACGGAGAAAUCAAGAAAGACGUCAACAGCGUAAAGCUGCUCGCGAAGCCGCAAAGGCUGUCGCAGCAGAUUCUACAUAUGGACUACCAAUUAAAGAUAAGAAAACGGACACUAUUAGACGUUGUGGUAAUUGUGGUCAAACUGGUCAUAUGAAAACAAAUAAAAAGUGUCCUCGCUACGGAAUGAACGCAAUUGGAGAAAAUCCUAUGAGCCCUUUAGCCGAGUCGUCUGAAUCUGCCGCACCUACUUCUGAUUCUCCUAUGAUUAAAAUGGAAGGGAGCAAAAUUUUAAUAAGGUCAAAAGCAAUUGCAGAAAAACCUCCCGAAACAACCAGAAUAAAAAUUACGUUACCAUCAAAAGAUGAAGCUUCAAAACGUAAAAGAAAGGCACCGGAUUUAGAUUCAUCUGCUGACCGCAAACGGCCAUUUAUCGACGUAACCAGUUUAAUCAGUAAUGUAAUCACAACACUUUGGGAUACGGAAAACGCGCAUCAUUUUCAUUACCCAGUUACUGCCGAAAUUGCGCCUGAUUAUACUACAGUUAUAAAAAAACCGAUUGCUUUAUUACAAAUGCAAAAUAAACAUUCUCGCGGUGAAUAUAAAAAUAUUGCGGAAUUUAUGCAAGAUAUGAAACUAAUGGUUAAUAACUGUCGAACCUAUAAUGGUGAUUCUAGUGGAUAUACUGUAAUUGCUAAAAACUUGUUUGCUAAGGCAGAAGAAUUAAUCAGAGAAGCAGGAUUUUAA